UGCAGUAUGGCCAUUAAUAGUACAUUUUCUUAAUUAAAAACAAAUCAAACGCGAAAUGCUACAAAAUCUGUAAUUAACUAAGAAAAACCCUAUAUUUAUAAGUGAAAAAGUGUUACUAUAGUGCAAUUAUGUUUCUGCCCGAAACAGCCACCUUUUGUAUAACCCUGUUGGUCUACGGAGCCAUCCUUCUGCUCCUGAUUUACUAUGUCCUAACGCUGGCGGAUCUGGAGUGCGACUAUCUGAAUGCCCAGGAGUGUUGCCGGCGACUCAACUUCUGGGUCAUACCCAAGUUCGGAUCGCACGCCCUGCUCUGCGGUCUCCUUCUCAUCGGUGGCCACUGGGUGAUGUUCCUGCUCAACCUGCCGAUGGUAAUUUGGCUGUUCUACGAACUUCAUCGCCAGCGACGCGAUAGCCUGGGUGUCUACGACCCCGUCGACAUACACAGCCGAGGAUUGCUGAAGGUCCACCUGCGAAACUGUAUGAUCUACCUGGGCUACUACUUUGUCAUGUUCUUUGUGGGGCUUUACUGCCUAAUUUCAUCGCUGAUCAAGGGGGAUCCCAUCAAGCGGUACGAGGACGACGAAAUAGUCACGGAUUUCUGAAGUUUAUCCUAAUAAGCCUACACCCAAGGGGCUUCCAGCGAAUUCUUGACACCUAGAAAAAACUACAACGCCUAGUUCUGUUUUAUGUUUCUCCUGAUUUAGAAGAUUUGUGAAACAAAAACAGAGGCGAACAUUUAACACACACACGUUUCCUUAUACACUUUCGCAGAAUUUGAUCAAAUUCAAUAUGAUUUUCUGCUACCAUAAAAAGGUAUACAAAGACUAGAUAAUUUAUAACCAUUGAAUUCCGAUAGUAUAUUCGUUUAGAAUCUAAAAGUCGAGAUGAAAAAGACUGUUGCACUGCAUUGUGCUCAGGACCAUUACUCAAAACAAACCUAGUCGCACUUCAUCUUCACUUUAUUUAUUUCAUUAUUAGUAAUAUAAGCGUAUUCGAAUAUAAAUCACAAAAUACAUAACCAUACACAGAAA